AAGAACCUACGGCAUGGAGUCGAGUACAAACUCCGGUUCAGGCGAGAGCGGUUUGGCUCGACCGGACCGGAUCAAUAGACGCGCGGACUCCCUACCGAGAUGGCGCCGCCGUCACCACCUACGCCGGCGGCGAGGCUACUGAGGGAGUACGGUUGGGACCUGAUGCUCGGGUCGAUCGCCGCGUUCUACGCCGUCAUGGUGCCGUACACCAAGGUCGAGGAGAGCUUCAAUGUGCAGGCCAUGCAUGAUAUUCUGUACCACAAUCAUCACAUUAAUAAGUAUGAUCAUUUAGAGUUUCCUGGUGUCGUUCCUCGGACAUUUAUAGGAGCAUUGGUAAUAGCUAUCAUCUCAUCGCCUGCAGUUCUCAUAAUGCGUGCAGUUCAUGUUCCAAAGGUUUACAGUCUUCUAGCAGUUCGAUUAGUGUUGGGCUGUGCUAUCCUGAUGACUUUGAGACUUUUCCGUGUUGAGGUAAAAAGAAAGUUUGGUCACCAUGUUGAAGCAUUCUUUGCGAUACUAACUGCUAUCCAGUUUCACGUUUUGUUCUACUCGACUCGGCCCCUUCCAAAUAUAUUCGCUUUAGCUUUAGUUAACUUGGCAUACUCUUUCUGGUUCAAGGGAAAUUACCUGCGCACAUUACAGGCACUGAUUGUUGCAGCCACUGUUUUUAGAUGUGAUAUGAUUCUGCUUCUAGGUACAAUAGGGAUUACACUUUUGCUGAGCAGGUCCUUUUCUCUAUUGGAAGCCAUAAAGUGUUGCAUAAGCACCGCCGUUGUUUGCAUUGGUUUCACAGUACUAGUUGACUCGAUAAUGUGGCAGAGAAUCAUGUGGCCGGAAUUCGAAGUUCUCUGGUUUAAUUCAGUUCUGAACCGAAGUUCAGAAUGGGGUACACAUUCGAUCCAUUGGUACUUCACCUCAGCACUUCCACGUUCCAUGCUUGUGGCCUAUCCUCUUUGCUUGGUUGGUGCUCUUCUUGAUAGGAGGAUAGUCCCAUAUGUGAUUCCAGUGACCUUAUUUGUUGUACUCUAUUCAAAACUCCCACAUAAGGAGCUUCGUUUCAUAAUUGCCGCAGUUCCCAUGCUUAAUGUGUCUGCUUCUCUGGCAGCGAGCAGACUAUAUAAUAACAGAAAGAAAACUGGGUGGAAUUUCCUUUAUGUUCUCAUGCUUGGUGCCUUUCUUGUCAGUCUUGGAUACUCUGCUGUGAGUUUCAUGGCCUCCUACAGCAAUUAUCCUGGUGGCAAUGCUCUAAAGGCUCUACAUGAAGUAGAUAAUUCCACGAAGGAAAAAAUGGUUCAUAUUGAUGCCUUUACCGCAAUGGGCGGAGUUUCUCGUUUCUGCGAAAAUGAAUAUCCCUGGAGGUACUCGAAGGAGGAAGGCAUUUCCAUUGAAGAAUAUCAGACAAGAAAUUUCACCUAUCUGCUGAACGAGCACCGCUACAUCAGCGGCUACAAGUGCCUGUUCGCCGUGGAAGGGUUCUCCAGAGCGAAAAUUCAGCCCCGGUUUCCACCGCUUUCCCUGGUGAAAGCGCCGAAAGUGUUUGUACAUGGGAACACGGGAGAUCCCGAUAUCCUCUCGCUAGAUUGGCCCGGUUGCCCCUGAGGCUGAGGCGAAGAGGAUGCUUGCCCAGAUCUCUGUCACAGGACCACUAACUAACUACCAACAGUAGAAGAUGCCGAGCGAGCGCGCGUGAUUCAUAUGGAGCUCCUCCCAUUUCCAGCUCUGGAAGGUCCCAUCUUGUUAAGGCUAGGACACCGCAGUUUGGAGGUCAGGAAAAUCUUGGACGCAUGGAGUAAGGGAAAACUGGUUCAUAUUGAUGCCUUUACCACGAUGAGUGGACUUUCUCGCUUCUGCGAAAAUGAAUAUCCCUGGAGGUCCGCUACUAGACCAUAAAGUUAUUAUAGAAUCAUGUAUAUGCUUGUAUAUUUGAUGCUCCCUGGCCGACAUAAAAAGGUCCCUCUUUUACCAACUAUUCUCUCACUUCUUUUAAGAAAGUGCACUUGUGAGUCCCUCUAUAUGUACUACAAUCUCUGAUCCAAAAUGUACGUUUAUUUAGAA